AACAUUAUCUUAUCAAGAUGCCAACUUUUUUUUUUUAAUAGAAUUCAACAAUAUAUAGGAAAAACAAUUAAAAAGAGUGAAAAAUCAAAACUUUAAUCUCAAACAACUUAAAUGCUUCAUCUUCUUCAACUUCAUUAGCUUGAUUCUCUUCAGUUGAUGCUAAUUUGGAAUCAGAACUGCAAUGGGUUUUAAAUAUAAAGGUUUUUCUAGAAUUAGAUAGAUUAAGGAAGGUGUUAAUAAAGCAAAAGUUGGGACCUUUUAAUGGAAGCUCAAACCUUUUAUAACAAAUAAAUGAAGAAGAGGGACUUUUGUGUGAAAAAAAAGGGGUUUUGUUGAAGGAAAUAGAAGGGAGAUCAAAAUGUUUACAGAAAUUAUUGGUUGUAAACAUCAUACUAAUAAUCGCUGUCAAUUAUUUUGACCGACGAUAAGAGAAUUUCUUCCUCAGUACAGGCAUAAUGUGGUUGUUAUUCACAGCGACUUGAUCAUUAACCAGUCAAAGUCUUAUUUCGCUGUUAGUAACAACAACUUGACCAUUGAUCAGUCAAAAUUUUAUUGGACUAAAAUUUUGACAAUUUCUUUAUACUGUUACUCUGUUAGUAACAACAAAUACAUAUCGAGUCUAGCUUUGGGGCCAAAGACGCUUAUUUUGAGAAUAAAGUUUUAUCGAAGCUUAAUUUUUUAAUUAAAGUUAUUAAAAAAUCCUAUUUUUUUGAAUGUUUGGAAAGAAGUGAGAAAAACAAUCCACCAUACUCCAUCAUAUCCUUGAACAAUCCAAGAGAGAGAGAGAGAGAGAGAGAGAGAGAGAGAAAUUUGGGGGAAAAUCAAGAUGUAUUCAGGUUUAGAGAUGAAGGGUGACAUCGAAGAGGGUACAGUUUUGUACCCAGGAUUAAGCUAUGGCGAAAAUCAACUUCGUUGGGGUUUCAUUCGCAAAGUCUAUGGUAUUCUUUCUGCUCAGAUCGUCUUAACCGCACUUGUUUCUCUCCUUACGGUUUUAUACGCACCCAUCAAUGAAACUCUUCGUGGCAAUUCUGGUCUUCUUCUCUUCUUCGCUUUCAUGCCCUUCGUAUUGUUGUGGCCACUUUAUAUCUACCAGCAAAAACAUCCCCACAACCUGAUAUUUCUUGGACUGUUUACCCUUUGCUUGAGUCUCACUGUUGGAGUGGCAUGUGCAAACACUGAUGGAAAAAUCGUGCUUCAGGCUUUGGUUUUAACCGCAGCUGUUGUUUGUUCUCUUACUGGUUACACUUUCUGGGCUGCCAAGAAGGGCAAGGACUUCAGCUUUCUUGGACCCGUCUUGUUUGCUAGUCUUAUCGGUCUCAUUUUUACCGGACUUCUUCAGGUGUUCUUCCCAUUUGAGUCUACUUCUGUCGCUAUCAUUGGUGGAAUUAGUGCCAUAGUUUUCUCGGGCUACAUCGUCUAUGACACCGAUAACUUGAUAAAACGGUUCACAUAUGAUGAAUACAUAUGGGCUUCUGUUACUCUCUACCUAGACAUCCUGAACCUCUUCCUUACCAUCCUCCGCUUGUUGAGGCAGGGGGACAAUUGAAUCCUUCAAUUUUCAUGAAGCGAAUCCAUAUAAUGCUGUCUUGUUUAGUCACAAAAUUGAUUGGAUGCAAUUUGUGAAUAUAAGUAUUCCUCUUAAACCUUGUAUAAGAACUAAUAAUCCUUUGUUGGGUUUGAAACAUGUUUGUUUGUCAAGUAUAAUUGAUAUUCUGUUGAA